UGUAGAAAUCUGAAAACGUGCGCGGUGCCACGCCCCUCUCGGUGACGUCAUCCCAUCAUGGCGGCCUACUUGAGCCGGUUGCACCAUGUUUCUCUCCACGUCUCGAACGCGGAUAAAGUCGCUCACGAGCUCGUGUCCCGGUUCCAGUUCAACGUGUUCGCGGCCAGACUGACAGACCGAGCGAAGCAGCUCGCGCUCCGCCGGGGCUCCGCGGUGUUCCUGGUCAACGAGCAGCGGAGGUUGAACGGGCAUCGGUCACGUGAGCGGUGUCUGUACGAAGCCGACGCGCGCUAUCCGGUGGACACCGUGAGUAACGUGUGCUUCGAGGUCGAGGACGUGCAGCGCGUGUCCGCCGCGCUGCGGGAUCGAGCUUCCUGUGAGUUUGUCCAGCCGCCCGCGGAGCUCCAGGACGACCACGGGCUGGUCCGCUUCUCCGUCGUGCGCUCUCCGGUGGGGAACGUGUGCCACACGCUCGUAGACCGCUCCCGGUACCGGGGGCCCUUCCUGCCGGGCUUCCAGCAGGUCGGCUCGGGUUCCCGGACCGCGGGCCCCUCGCAGUGUCCCAUCACGCACUUCGACCACAUCACCUUCGCCUGUCCCCGCGGGAGCUCGGCGCUCGUCAGCCGCUGGUACCGAGACACCUUCGGCCUGCGGAGGUUCCUCAUCCACAGGGAUGAGGACGUGGAUGAGGGAUAUGUGCUGAAUCACGACGGGAUCGGGCUCCGGCUGACGGCUAUGGAGUACUGGAAGUGCAGGGAGUCGGGGAUCGCGGUGCCCUUCAGAGACCAGAAAGAGCCGGACUGCAAGUUUGUGAUGGCCGAGUCUCUCCCGGAGCAGGGCCAGAACCAGGUGGACACGUUCCUGGCCCAGCACCGAGGCGCGGGGAUCCAGCACAUUGGGCUCUACACCGAGGACAUCGUGAGGACGGCUCGCGCUCUGAGUCAGGCUGGGGUCCGGUUCUUCUCUCCUCCGCCCGCGUACUACACCGAGGUGGGGAAGCUGGAGGAGAUCGAGGCGGCGGGUCACGACCCUCACACGCUGGCGGAGUACGGGAUUCUGCUGGACACUGACGUCCACUCGGACCGACCGCUCACGGGCCAGCGGUAUCUGCUUCAGAUCUUCACCAAACCCAUUUUCGGAGAGGACACCUUCUUCCUGGAGCUGAUCGAGCGCAGAGGAGCCACGGGCUUCGGGGAAGGGAACAUCCGUGCUCUCUGGAGAUCUGUUCAGGCCUACAUGGAGAACGAAGAGCACCAGGAGCCGGAGCGCCGGAGCAAGCAGAGCUGACCUCAGCGACCCUCACAGAGACUGUAAAACAAACAUACGAGAAACGCUCGACUCUGCCCUGCCAUCAGGAACUUUGUGUGUGAAAUUAUUCGGCUCUGUCCUUUUGUACAGGACUAUUAUGAUGUUUGACUGUAACAGUCUUCUAAUAUAAUAUUAUGAGCAUCUAUUUGAAACAUGUAUUUAUUCAGUAAUCUAAUAUAUGUGAUCUGUUACUGUGACGUCUACUGUACUGUAAUACACCUGUACUGUAUUUUCCCUUAAAAAUGUUUGGCAGUGUUUACAGUGAAAUAUCUGCGUGCUUCUGUCAGAUAAACCAAAGCCUCCACACAA